CACGAGCACACCAGCAGUGACUGUGCAGAGGAAACACACAGGCAGCAGAAAAACCAGGACCUGCCCCUGCAACCGGAGGCAGAGCGGCGUUCUGCUGAUGGAAGCUCUUCAUCGUCUGCCAUCUCCUCCUCUCAUCUGGCUUCCCCCAUCUCACCCUCCGCCUCCUCCACUCUGUCUCCCAUCAGUCCUCCUCGGCAGGUGGUGGAGGGUCAAGGUGUGACCGAUGCAUCAUCGUGUGUUGAAGGAAGUGCCGCCUCUUCUUCCACAACAACAAUGCUGUCGGAUGCUGAGAGCACCAAAGACAAGGAGAAGCAGGAGACUGGGCAACUUGUCAUAGAGCUGGAGCAAACACAGAGGGAACUUUCUCGACUGCGGCAGUUAAACAGGAAUCUGCGGGAUGAGCAGCAACAAGAGAGAGCCAGGCAUGCAAGUGAAAUGAACGACCUCCUCUCAAACUCCAACUCGUCUUCAGAUCAAGCUUUGGUUUUACAGCGUCUUCAUAAGAUGAACCAUGACUUGCGCCUUGAGCUGGAGGCUCAAAAGAGCAGCUUUGAAGAGACAAGAGAAGUAGAACUACGGCGAAGGGUGGACCUCUUAGCUCAACAAGCUCAGUUACUGGUUACAGGGGAUGCCACUGCACUCGCACAGGCCCGUCUGGAGCAGGAUCGGGAGCAGUUCAUUGUAAGGCAGCAGGAGUGGGAGCACUGCAUAGCCUCGCUGAAGUCCCAGCUGAGUGCCAGUGAGGAGCAGAGGAAGGAGGCCGUGUCGCGCUCCACACAGCUGCAGCAGGAGUUGCAGAGUUACCACAGUCUCGAACAGGAGGCUCAGCGCUUACACAAACAUCUCCAAGAGGUGACAAAUCAACUUCAGGCCAAUGAGGAGGCGCAGGCCCAGAAAGAGGCUCGUCUGCAGGACCACCUCAUGCUCCUUCAAGCCAGUCAGGACAGAGAGCGCAGGAGCUUAACCUCAAGCCUGACACAGGCAGAGCAACACGCACAGGAGCUCCAGAAGAGACUGGACAUGUCUGAGCUGCAGGUGGACAGCCUGAAUAAGACUCAGACGUGGACAAGGGACAUCGAGGAGGCUCAACAACAGCUUCAGGAGGAGCUGGCGUGCACGGUAUCUGUGGUGCAGAAACUCCAAGACGAAAGGGAGCAGCUCGACCAGCGCUGUCAAGAACUGCAGAACCAGCUGUGUGAGGCGGACGGGGAGGUGAGCAGGCUGCAGAGCCGCUUGAAGACAGAUGAGACGCACUACUACAAUCUUGAGCACUCGUUCGAGAGGGUGAGUGAGGAACUGCAGCUGGCUUUAGGGAAGGAGCAGCAGAGAGAGUCUGAAUUACAGGAGAUAAGAGAAGGCUACGAGAGACUCCUGGACAGGAAGGAGCAAGAGCUGACUGAAGUGUUGCUGAAGAUGGAAGUCUUAGGUAACAGCCUGGAGGAGACAGAAGUGAGGCUGAAUGAAAAGUUGAAGGUAUGUACCUGUGGCUCAUCUCAGAGGAAAGAUAAAUCUUCAGAGCAGCAAAAUGAGAGACAGACAUCAGAUCUUCUCCCUGUAAAUGAACGCAGGCCCAAGGUUGAUCAUGCAGGCGAUGACCCAGAAAAGUUUAUGUCCGUGAUCCAGGUCCUUGAAACCAAGCUUUAUUUGACAGAGGAGAAGCUAAGGGAGAUCAUGCAAAGACUGGAGGAGCACCAGAAUCACAUCCAGGAUCCCCACCUCUGCUCCCAGCUCACUCAGAGCCGAGCCACAGCUCAGCACCUCAGUCUGCAGCUCCACAGCCAGGCCAAGCAGAGCCAGCGAUUCGCCCAGGAGACAGAGGGACGCUGCAGGGUGUUGGUCGGUAGGUUUCAGAUCGCACUGAACAUCAUACAAGCCUGCAGAGGGAGGCUCCAAGCUGCUCCAAUUAACAUCACAGACCUCGACAAGCAACUUGCUGCAGCUGCCUUCUGCAUUCAGCAAGGAGAGAAGGAUGCGGAUAAACUUCAGAAGGAAUCGCUUAACGCCAGCAAAGGAGAGGACAAGAUCCUCAGUGAUGAGACUUUAGCUGGAUCUGAGAACAACGGUGCUUUCCAUACGGUUACCCCAGAGGAUGACAUAGAAACUGUUGGAAAGUGUUUAAUGAGGGAAGUGUUUGUAGUAGAUAUAAUGUUGUCCAUCCUGCAGAGUCAACCUGGCUUUAUAUCUCUAACAGCAAGAGAGGAGGAGGGUGAUUUGGCACACAGGUACAAAAUGAUUAUAUCUCAAAGAAUGGCCUUAAAAAGGACUUAUUCUCGGAGAGCAGAAUGCGACAAUGACCCUAUAAAAAGGGCAAUAGGUAGAGUUUGUGCUGAAGGGGAGCUCAUUUAUGCUGCCCUGAAAUUUCAACUGCAACAUGAGAGCGUUACUCAAGAAAAUGAUCAAAAAGUUGAGCAUCAAAAGAAGAGUCUGGCAAAUGUGAAUCCCCCAGAGUUGGCUCCUUAUGAAAAGCAGGUUCAGGGAGAGCGAAAAGGUUCAGAAGGGGCCUCAAAACCAGCUGAAAGAGAGCCAUCUACUGUCCAAGGAGGAGACACGGAGAAAGAACCAUGUUGGUUAGAGAGACUUAUAUCUCGGCUUCAAAGGAGAGCCACAUUCUUACGCAAACUCUGCCAGGAAGUUUCUGGUGGCAGUGCAGUAGAGCGUGUUGUGGACGAUAACUGGGAAAAUGCUUCAGCUGCGGACCUUAGGUGGAUGCAGGAGCAGGCGAAGUUGAUUUAUUUGUCAGACAGACUGCAUUCAGAUUUAGAGCAGCAGCGGAGCGAGGUGUUACAGGACAAACUGCAAGCUCUGUGCCAAGAGCAGGACAGCACAUUAAAGGAUGAGCAGGAGGCUUUUAAUCACACCGUAUGUCAGCUUCAGGAGGACAACAGCGUAUUAAGAGAAGAGCUGGAGCGUGCUGAGCAAAAUAUCCUAUUUAUUGAGACUGGGAACCGGAGGCUGCUGGAAGACAUUCAGAAAAUUGAGGAAUAUCAUGAGGAGAGGAUGAAAAAUCUGGAAACGGGAUUUCAAGAGAAGAUCAGGGAGCUGCAACACAUCCAUGAAGAGGAGAUGCAACACUUGCAUGGCUACUACAUCAAGUCUUCCAAAGAGAAACAGACCAAAAUCUGCACAGGGUCAGAAGAGGCUUACCUGAAAGAAAAACACGAGGCAUCCUCUGAUCAGGGGUUCGUGGCUAUGAAGGAAAUGCACAGGCAGCUGAUUGCUGACCUGCAGAAGCAGCAUCAGACGGAGCUGGCAGCGCUGCUGAAGCAGAAAGACAAGCUGCUGCAGGAAGAGACCGCCGCCACGAUGGCAGCUAUUGUAGCGAUGAGAAGAGCCCAUAAAGUGGAGCUGGAGAAAAGCCGGGACUCUCAGCACAUCAAGGAGAGCGCUGACGUCAAACAACUGCAAAUUGAAUAUGAAAAGGAGUUUCAGUUGAUGCAUAAGGAGCUCGAAAUGUUGUCGGUUCAGCACACUCAGAAAUGUCUCGAAAACUCUCAGCUGAGCCAGAAGCUGCAGGAGGAGAGACAAUCUUCCAUGCAGUACCAAAAACAAAACCAGGAGCUCAAAAAGAAACAGAGGGAGACAGAUGAAAUGUCUCGGUUACAUUUCUCACUGAAUGGGAAACAGUCACAGGUUGGCCCUCAAGUAAACAACUUCUACGAAAUGGAGGUGAUCCUGAGGGCGAGGGAGGCAGAAAUGCAGUUUCUCAGACAGGAAGCUCGUUCUCUCAAGGAAGAGUUGAAGCUCGCUCGAAUGGACAAAAUAUAUGCCCAGAACAAGCUUAAGGCUCUUCAAACCACCAGCCUGGAUGAACCACACCAAGAAGUCACCUGGUCACACAGAGACACUUCAGGACAGAGCCUCAAGGACACUGGAACCAACACAAGUACUGCUGUUUUUCUGAAGAAAAAAGAUAAACCAUCCCUCACACGUCAGAUCAGAGGAGUCCGAUCAAAGAGUUUAAAAGAAGGCCUUUCUAUCCAAGAAAGGAUGAAGCUGUUUGACCACUAGAGGGAGCAACCAACCCUGGCUUUUCUAGAUGACCAUUUUUAAGAUUGAUAUAAAAUAUUGUUAUUACAAAGAAAUUAUAUUUAUAUUGUGGACCUAUUACAUUGCACAGUGUAAUUUAUAGACACAAAAUCUGUGUUUUUAUUAAAAUUAUUCAGUGUAUUGCAUCGUUUUGGUAAAAAACUGACUUUGACAUGUUGUACCACUAGAUGUAGCAAAACACAACGAGCAGAGGAGAUUCCUGAAACUGUUUAUUUAUGAUCAAUUUCAGAGCAGCAAAUUAAUUUAUGACAUCUAUUUAUUAACAUAUUUACUAAACACAAGUAUCAAUGUAUUCCACUGUUGUAUUAUGGCAUCAUUCAGUUAUAUAAAGAUAGACAAUAAAGUAUUUUUCCUGACUAUC